ACCAAAACAUUGCCACACCAAAAACCGACUUAGAAUCAGAACUAGAUUUAAAUGCCCUACGUCCGUCAGCGUUGUUGCUUAUGAGAAAAUAGUCAUAAAAUAACUAAAAAGUUGGACUAUUUUUCCAGCCUUCCGGAUUCUGAAAAUGCAGCGAUGGACACAAGAGGACAGCUUCGGCUUGUGACACUUAGCCAAUUGAUUCCCUGACAGACGUCCCCUGCGUGCUAGGACACGACCAACGCUAAUGGAAGUCGACGACGAUGACGUGCCUCUCAUCCUCACAUGGGACGAUGCAAACAGCGGUCUACUUAAUGAAGACCCAGAGAGGGGGGACGAGAAUGGUGAUGUGGGAAACAGUGACGUAGUAAAUAGCAGUGUGGUGUCAACACCUGGGCCUCAAACCCACCGAGCACACAACGUGACUUUACGGCAAAGCUGGGAGAUGAACUACCAGGAGGCGGCCAUCUACUUGCAGGAGGGAGAGAACAAUGACAAGUUCUUUACCCACCCUCGAAACACCAAAGCGCUGGCAGCAUACCUUUUUGCCCAUAACCAUCUCUUCUACGUGAUGGAGCUGCUGACAGGCCUAUUGCUCAUGACGCUGUCGCUGUGUGAAGCUCCUGCGGUGCCUUCGCUGCGCCUGGACGUCUACGUUCACGCCACCCUGGAGCUGCUCGCUUUGGUUAUUGUGGCAUUUGAGCUGUGCAUGAAGCUCCGCUGGCUGGGCUUCCACACCUUCAUACGACACAAGAGGACCAUGGUUAAGUCAUGUGUGUUGCUGCUGCAGUUCGUGGAGGCCAUAGUGGUUCUGGUCCGACAGACGUCCCACAUGCGAGUGACCCGCGCCCUCAGACCAAUAUUCCUGGUGGACUGCAGAUACUGCGGCGCUGUACGCAGAAAUUUGCGGCAGAUCUUCCAGUCGCUCCCACCAUUCAUUGAUAUCCUCCUUCUACUCCUGUUCUUCAUGGUUAUAUUUGCUAUCUUGGGAUUCUGCCUCUUUUCCACAAACUCAUCAGAUCCGUACUUCAACACACUGGAGAACAGCAUGGUCAGUCUUUUUGUGCUACUGACCACGGCAAAUUUUCCAGAUGUGAUGAUGCCAGCUUACUCAAAGAACCGCUGGUCUUGUAUAUUCUUCAUUGUGUACCUGUCCAUUGAACUCUACUUCAUCAUGAAUCUGCUCCUGGCUGUUGUGUUUGACACCUUUAACGAUGUGGAGAAAAUGAAGUUCAAAUCUUUGUUGCUUCACAAACGCUCUGCUGUUGACUACGCCUUCCAGCUGUUAGUCAGCCGCCAGAGGCCGACUGGCGUCUCGCUGAAACAGUUUGAUGGCCUGAUGCGUUAUUACAGACCGAGGAUGUCUGCGAGAGACCGUUUCCUCACCUAUAAAGCUCUCAACACCUCUGGCGCGCCUAUGCUGAGUCUUCAGGACUUUUAUAAGUUCUAUGAGGUGACGGGCCUUAAAUGGAAGGCACGUCGCAGUGGAGAGCAUUGGUUUGAUGACCUCCCGCACACAGCCUACAUUAUUUUAAAAGGAAUCAACCUGCUCGUGAAAUCUAAGGCCUUUAAGUACACCAUGUAUGUCGUUGUGGCUAUUAAUGGCGUUUGGAUACUUGUGGAGACAUACACUCUUAACAGCAGUUUCUCCUGGUCAAGAUUGGUGCCAUGGAGUUACAUUGUCUUUCUUACAAUUUAUGGUGUGGAGGUGCUAUUGAAAAUAUCCGGUUUGGGACCAUUGGCUUAUUUCAGUUCCGGAUGGAAUCUCUUUGACUUCUCCGUUACCGUAUUUGCCUUUCUGGGUCUGAUCGCGCUGGCCUUCGACAUGGAGCCUUUCUACUUUAUCGUCGUGCUACGACCCCUUCAGCUGCUGAGGUUGUUUAAAAUCAAGAAGAGGUAUCGCAAUGUGUUGGAUACCAUGUUUGAGCUCCUCCCCAGGAUGGCAAGUCUCGGUUUGACCUUGAUCAUCUUCUACUACUCCUUUGCAAUUGUGGGCAUGGAAUUCUUCGCUGGUGCCGUCUACCCCAACUGCUGCAACACCAGCACGGUGGCUGACUCUUACAGGCAGGGCAACGUCACACAUGGUAACAAAACCGUGCUGGAGGAAGGCUACUAUUAUCUCAACAACUUCAACAAUAUUCUCAGCAGUUUUGUGACUCUCUUCGAGCUGACUGUGGUCAACAACUGGUACAUCACAAUGGAAGGUGUGACCUCCGAGACGAGCCACUGGAGCCGUCUCUACUUCAUGACCUUCUACAUCGUCACCAUGGUGGUUAUGACCAUCAUUGUGGCCUUCAUCUUGGAUGCGUUUGUGUUCCGCAUGAACUACAGCCGCAAGAACCGGGAAACCAUAGAGAACCCAGGGGAUGAGAACGGAAUCGUGUUUGAAGUAGAAGUGAGCCGAGCAGAAGCUCUGUCCACUUUAGAGUUAUACAAGCAGAUGUGUCCAGCGUCCCUCGGCUCGCUGGUGGCAGUCGUGCAAGUCAUGGACCGCAUUGGGAGCGAACAACACUCAUCUUCUCUAUUAUACCAAGGGCGAAGGUCAAGGACAAAGUGUGACCUAAGCAUGAAAAUGUAUGAGGAGGAGAUGCAGGAGUGGUAUUCAGAGUACUCAAGGGAAAACCUGCCUCAGCCAGACCAAAGUCAAGGACCCGACUCAGACAGUCCCACCUCCAGUCCGCCUUUUGUGCCUGCGCCUCAACUAAACUCACAUACUGGACGUUACAGCAUUAACUAACUCCUGUGACCAAUGACCAUCACACUCACUUCUUCCCACGCUGGGACUUGCUGGUGUUUUUUGAACUGAUAAGAGAUGAAGACAUGUCUCUGGACAGACAAGAUCACUGUACAGACUGGCAGGUGGUGCAGCGUCAUAUGAAUGGGACCGACCUACCAAUACUUGUCUUGUAGUAUGUAAUGUACAUAUAACACAAGAAUCCUUUUGUGACCUAAUUUAAACAAAGUCGGGCUGCAGUGGAAAAUGUCAAUUAUAAAAUACAGUGGUACCUCUACAUACGAAUUUAAUUCGUUCCAGGACCUUGUUUGUAAGUCGAAAUGGUCGUAUGUCGAGCAGGAUUUUCCCAUAGGAAUACAUUAUAAUUCCAUUAAUUCGUUCCAAAGCCUAAAAACAUAUACUAAAUUCUUAAUAAAUACUGCUGGCACUGUUACAAAUGGCAAUUAGACAUAGAAAAACAAAUAAGUUAUAAACAAAUAAUUCAGAAUAAUAUAAUAAUAAGAAGAAUAAUUAAUAAUUAUUCCUGUAAAUAAUGUAACGAAUCGGAUUCUAAUAUGGCGGACACUUUUUACUGUCCCUGAACGCACCGCGAAGUGAGAUAGGUCGGUGCGGUAGAGAUAAUACUUUCGUUUUCUUGAGAGCAGUCAACUGCUUAAGACAGUGGGCGUUAUGUGUUGGAUAAGUUCUUAAAUUAAUGAUAAAAACGUGACGAAGCUGGCGAUUUCCUUGGCAAUGUUACCACAAUGAUAAUUUUCACCUUAACUUAUAAAUAGUGGCGAACGGUGGUCGGAAGAGGACCACGGAGCUGUAUUGUUGAGCCAGUUCAGGCUUUUUACUGUCCCUGAACGCACCGCGAAGUGAGAUAGGUCGGUGCGGUAGAGAUAAUACUUUCGUUUUCUUGAGAGCAGUCAACUGCUUAAGACAAUGGGCGUUUUGUGUUGGAUAAGUUCUUAAAUAAAUGAUAAAAACCUGACGAAGCUGGCGAUUUCCUUGGCAAUGUUACCACAAUGAUAAUUUUCACCUUAACUUAUAAAUAGUGGCGAACGGUGGUCGGAAGAGGACCACGGAGCUGUAUUGUUGAGCCAGUUCAGGGACACGCACCCCAAGCUCAUAUUUUUCUAUAACUUGCAUCUUCAUUUCAAAGGUAAGCAUCACUUUUUUCCUUGUUUCUCCAACUGUAUCAACUUUUUUUGAAAACUGUGUUGAUUUCUCACACAAGAAAAUCCACCGUGCGUUCGUUUGCAGUGCUGUCAUGUCGUCGUAUUUCGAGCAACUCGUCGGAUGUAGAAACAAAUGGCGGCUCAAAUUUUACGUCGGAUGUCGAAAAGAUCAUGUGUCGAAGUGAUCGUAUGUAGAGGUACCACUGUAUAGCUAAUUAAUUUCUUCAACAUGUUAACAAUUGAUAAAUUAGCCAUGUUUUUCCAAAUGAGCCCAAAUAGCAAUAACCAUGUAAUGCAGUAAUUCUCUUAUUGUGAAUUACUAGGUAUUAAGUCAGUUUUUGUAUAUUAACUAAAACUCUUUGUACUGUAUUAAAUUAUAUUAUU